UGCCAGGCUCGGACCAGAAGGUCACAACAGAGACUGUUUUAAAUCUUCUUAGUCGAGCAUUUCUAUCAUGUGCCUGGGGAUCAAUUGGAAUCGCCACAAAUGAAACCUACCCUACAGUUAUCAGGGGUUUAGGAUUUGGAGCUUCCAAUGUUAGUGCAAGAGUAGGAGCUAUGUUAGCUCCCUUUCUACUGAACUUUGAAGAGGGACCGACUCUCGCCUUAGCUACCGUUGGAGGCUCGCUGCUACUCGCCGCUUUAGCAGUCUGUUUCCUGCAGGAGACAUCAGGGAAAGCUUUGAAAGAAUUCAUCGCAGAUGUUGGGAAAACAGCUGACAAACAGAGGGAAAAUGAGAGCCCUCAAGCCAACGUAUAUGUCACCAAAAAUGACGCAAAUACCAAUGACGUUGUUGGUGACGGCGGAGGCGCCGCUUGCAAGAACGAGAGCUCUAGGUUGUAG